AUGCAUACGCCAAGGCGCUGUGAGGUAAUGAACGCCAGUUUGGUAAUUCGUUGCUUGAGCUACAUAACAACGAGCAAGGCUGAGGAAGAGAUGUGUGCUGGUUGGCUCGCUAGCUGUUUCUCUGCUGGUACCAGCAUGAUGGUUGCUGGCAAGGUCGCUAUGAAAUGUACCAGGGAAAUCUUGUUGGAUGGCCGCCUGAACUUUCGGUUAGAAUCGAGAGCCCAGGUACCAGGAGACGGAGUUUACUUUCAGCAAAUCCAGGACCCGAUACUUUGGCACGUUCGAAUUCCUCUUCUUUUCGCGUCUGAUCCCAAUGUCCUAUCAAACAUGACUCAGACAGACACAAAGAGUCAAAUCUAUGCUUUUAGAGUGUUUGUCAUACCAGGAGUCAAGGGCAGGGUACAGAGAAAGGAGGACAACGGUAGAGCUGGCUGGAAAUGCCCACCAGCCAAGGCUGAUGGCAUACAGGCAUUCGCCAAUGACGGAUUUACCUACCGCUCCUGA